AUGUUUCGAACUCCCAGAAUCAACCAUGAACUUUGUACCUUUGAUAAAUGGGAUAAAGGAUAUCGAGAUUUUCUGUCACCUCUUCAAUAUGAUAAAAACUGUUGGAAUGAAUCUUUAACCUUUAAUGGUCGCCCAUAUGCUGUCAAACCUAACAUAUGUAACUAUGCAGGAGAAUGUAUAUCACAAUAUCGAAUUCGUGAUGGAGUUCUCAACUGUCAUGGUACUACUGAUGAUGAAGAUAUGAUUUUUGAAGAGAAUUAUUGUACAGGAAAUGUUGGACAACAACGUUUUCAGUGUUUUAACGAUGAACACAAAUGUCUUCCAUUAAAUCGCUUGGGCACAGGCCGUGCUGAUUGUUUGAACAGCUAUGAUGAAAGUUGGUAUGGUAUUGGUAGUUCUCUUCGAUAUCAGGCCAUAUGUUUUAAAGAAUUAACCACUGAUUGCCACCAUGUGAAAGAAUACAUUCAUCAAUCGUCUACUAGCAAUUCGAGCAACCAUAUUUUGAUCGCUAAUCCUCAACGACAAGGAUCAACAAAUCGUAUACGCUUUCGAUCGUAUUGUGAUAGUAUCUCGGAUUUAAUUGAACAUGUUGAUGAGAUGUCUUCCUCAUGUCAACAUUGGAUAUGUACCAAUGAUCAAUAUCAAUGUCGAUCAGGGCAAUGUAUUGACCUUGAUUGGGUAUGUGAUGGUGAAUGGGACUGUUUAGAUGCUUCGGAUGAAGAAGCCAUUGUACUCAUUGGAAAUCAGUCAGAUCACAAUAAUCUUUUAACAAAGUUAUCCAUUCAUCUUGAAAAAUGUCGCAAACGAUAUUCAAAAUUACCAUUUUCGAAUAUUUGUAAUACAUCAUUUGAAUUUGGUUGUUAUCGAUCUGGAGUAUUGAAUCCAUUAGAUAUUGAAGCAAAUCGUCCAUGUAUAAAUCUGACUCAGAUUGGAGAUGGUGUAGAAGAUUGUUAUAAUGCCUACGAUGAAAAGAAUACGUUCAGAGCCAAUUCAUUCGUGGGCGAGAUUGAUGCAUCACAUUAG